AUGAGUGUUGGAGAUUUUGGAGACACCAACAGUUGGCCGACCCCCGGAGAGAUCGCAACUAAAGACACUCAGCCUCUGAAGCGGUCGUCAGUGAAGAAGGAGCUAAAAGAGAACCUGAAGGAGAACCUGAAGGAGAACCUGAAGGAGAACCUGAAAGAGAACCUGAAGGAGAACCGCGAGAUCGAGGAGAGCAAAGAGAACCUGAAAUCUAAAUCUGACGACUCCGGAGAAGAAAAGAACCAGGACGAGGACGGGCAGCGGAACGGCCCCAAGAAGAAAGGAAACAAACAAAAGUGGGUUCCUUUGAUGAUCGAGGUGAAGUCUGAAGGACCCAGAGAAAGAUCUGCAUCACGGAACAACAGAGACAGCCCCAGGGUCCCCCCCACGGCCCGCAACGACCUGAGAGACUGGCAUUCUCAGAAGUACGAGCGCGAGUGGAGAGACGACCACGACGAGGUGUCGAGCGUCAAGAGCGAAGGAGCUCCUUUCAGAGGAAGCUUCAGAGCACGAGGAAGAGGAAGAGGACGAGGAAGAGGCCGAGGAAGAGGCCGAGGUCACUAUGAGUUCCAUUACGGAUAUAAAUCGUAUGAUGUGAAAGAAGGAACGUUUGCACAGAACUCUGUCACUUAUUACUACGACAACAUGAGCAGCAGCGACUUGUACUCAGCCGACCAGGACCUGCUGAAGGACUACAUCAAGAGGCAGAUUUAUCCCUCUCUAUCUGUGGGCAGUUAUCCCUCUCUAUCCGUGGGCAGUUAUCCCUCUCUAUCUGUGGGCAGUUAUCCCUCUCUAUCUGUGGGCAGUUAUCCCUCUCUAUCCGUGGGCAGUUAUCCCUCUCUAUCUGUGGGCAGUUAUCCCUCUCUAUCUGUGGGUGGUUAUCCCUCUCUAUCUGUGGGCAGUUAUCCCUCUCUAUCUGUGGGCAGUUAUCCCUCUCUAUCCGUGGGCAGUUAUCCCUCUCUAUCUGUGGGCAGUUAUCCCUCUCUAUCUGUGGGCAGUUAUCCCUCUCUAUCCGUGGGCAGUUAUCCCUCUCUAUCUGUGGGCGGUUAUCCCUCUCUAUCUGUGGGCAGUUAUCCCUCUCUAUCUGUGGGCAGUUAUCCCUCUCUAUCCGUGGGCAGUUAUCCCUCUCUAUCUGUGGGCAGUUAUCCCUCUCUAUCUGUGGGCAGUUAUCCCUCUCUAUCUGUGGGUGGUUAUCCCUCUCUAUCCGUGGGCGGUUAUCCCUCUCUAUCCGUGGGCAGUUAUCCCUCUCUAUCUGUGGGCAGUUAUCCCUCUCUAUCUGUGGGCAGUUAUCCCUCUCUAUCUGUGGGCAGUUAUCCCUCUCUAUCCGUGGGCAGUUAUCCCUCUCUAUCCGAGGGCAGUUAUCCCUCUCUAUCUGUGGGCGGUUAUCCCUCUCUAUCCGUGGGCAGUUAUCCCUCUCUAUCUGUGGGCAGUUAUCCCUCUCUAUCUGUGGGCAGUUAUCCCUCUCUAUCUGUGGGCAGUUAUCCCUCUCUAUCUGUGGGCAGUUAUCCCUCUCUAUCCGUGGGCGGUUAUCCCUCUCUAUCCGUGGGCAGUUAUCCCUCUCUAUCCGUGGGCGGUUAUCCCUCUCUAUCUGUGGGCAGUUAUCCCUCUCUAUCUGUGGGCAGUUAUCCCUCUCUAUCCGUGGGCAGUUAUCCCUCUCUAUCCGUGGGUGGUUAUCCCUCUCUAUCCGUGGGCAGUUAUCCCUCUCUAUCCGUGGCGAACCACACGGUGAUGGAGGAGGUGAUGGAGGAGGUGAUGGAGGAGGUGAUGGAGGAGGUGAUGGAGGAGGUGAUGGAGGAGGUGAUGGUGGAGGUGCUGGAGGAGGUGAUGCAGGAGGUGAUGGAGGAGGUGAUGGAGGAGGUGCUGGAGGAGGUGGUGGAGGAGGUGGUGGAGGAGGUGAUGGAGGAGGUGAUGGAGGAGGUGAUGGAGGAGGUGAUGGAGGAGGUGAUGGAGGAGGUGAUGGAGGAGGUGAUGGAGGAGGUGAUGAUGGCCGUGUAG